UCCUCCACCUCCUUCUCUUCCUUCUCCUCCUCCUGCUGGCCGCUGCGGCGCGGGGGCUGCGGGCGGAGCGGCGGCGCCAUGAGCGGGGCGGCGGCGAAGAGCGAGAAGCUGGACGAGGCUCAGGCGCUGGCCCGCAGCUGCGCGGGCAGACCCGACUUCCAGCCCUGCGACGGGCUCUCGCUCUGCGCCACGCACAGCCACGGCCGCUGCUUCCGCCUGCACUGGUGCUGCCACCUCGGAUGGUGCCACUGUAAAUAUGUCUAUCAGCCCAUGACACCCGUAGAGCAGCUUCCCAGCACUGAAAUACCCAUUCGUCCUCGGGAGUCUACAAACACCAUCCAAAUCUCCGUGUCACUCACCGAACACUUCCUGAAGUUCGCCCCGGUCUUCCAGCCCCCUCUGCCCCCUGACUCCCCGCAGUUCUGCACCAUUGCAGACCUCUUCAUUGACAAUUACCGUGUGAAAUGCAUCAACGGGAAGAUGUGCUACGUGCAGAGGCAGCCUCCCCCCGUGCCCCACAAGAUAAAGCCUGAGGAAGUCCCUGUUCGCAAUGCCUUAAUCACGAAAGAGAGCAAUACACCAAAACCAGAUCACUGCUCGUCCCCUUCCAGCUCUGAGGACUCUGGGAUCAACGCGGUGGGGGUUCACUACAUGGAGUCGUGUGAUGAGGACACAGACGGGGUGGCUGAGCUAAGUUCAGAAGAAGAUUACAGCCCGGAUAGCAGCUGGGAACCAGAUGAAUGCCCACUCUUGUCACCCUCGCAGUGCGAGAUGGAGGUGAUUGAGACUAUAGAAACCACUGUGUGAUCCGCGUCAAGUUGGUAUCAGAUCAGUCCAGUUCCCACUCAGUAAUGUUGCUUUUGUAGUAUUUGUAUUUUCUGUUUUCUCUGACAAUCCUUUUUUUCCAGUGCACUUGAUAUUUCAAAUUCCUCAUGGGAGUGCAGUCACGGGACAUGCAUAUUGGUGAACUAGUAGCAGCCUGAGCAAUUUUAACAUGUUGUUGGCCUGAUCAGAUCUCUCAAGUCUGCACGUAAGAUAGUGAUAGAUCUUAAGACUUUUAUAGCUGAAACAGGCCCUUUUCUUGGUCUGGGUUACAUCAUAUACUACUUCUCAUCCAAGGAUGUGCCACUCGAGAUGUUUCCAUCUGUCAGGAUGUUUGCAGUGGGCCUCCAAAGCACAGAGGGUGAGCUGGUGCAGCACGCCUGCAAGCAGCAAAACCAAGUAGCCCUUAUCCUUUCUCCAAUAGCUACAUGAGGUGCCACAACCAGAGGCUCUGUCCAUCUCCCUGUCCUUGCGUAUUGUCCAUCCUCUGUGCUGGUGCAACCCUUCUCACAGGCCAGUGGCACCACUCUUCCAGCAGGUUGGUAUGGCAGGCUAUAGAACGCACAAAGUGCCUCCAACUUCACUACAGGCUAUGCACCGAGCAUCUGCUGAGUUAGGUCAGGCUUUGAAAUCUCCUGAGAAGGCAACUGUUGCCCCUGAGGGGGAUUGGUUGCCUGGAUCCCGCUGGUCCCUUUUCUCCUCAAGGAUUUCAGGAAGGGGAUCUGGCUUUCAUAGCUCAGCAGGAGAGGAAGCAGGCAGAGAUGAAGCGUGGCCAUCUGACUACUGCCAUGCUAGACUGGGUGCAAAGCAAUUGGCGAAGGAAGUGACUACCUCCAAACACACAAAAUCCACCCUUGGCUCUGCCUGCUGCUCUCUGCUGUGCUGUUUGGUGCCAGACACGUGCACUCAGGACCAAACAGCCUCAGGGCCUGCAUCUGCCUGAAUAACAACAGAACUUUACACAAGUAGUUAUCAGCCACACCACUGUGUUGGCAGAGCUUGGGGACAGGAGGCGCCCAGGGAAGGUAGCCCAGGGGCUCAGGAGUGUGCAUACUUGUUAAAAUACAGCCUAAGGUUGUUCUAGCAGGGAGAGGAAGCUUUGGCUCCUGCUCCUUUGCACCCAGUUCAGGAGCAGGCCCUGAGCAGGGGGUUCCUCAACCUGCUGGUUGAGAGUGAGCUGUCUCACUGUGGGUUGGUUUCAGCCCUGCUUGAUGAAACAACAAUGUCCUUCUGGUUUCAGUGUGCUGGAAUCGGUUGGAGUCAGUAAUAACUGUGUUUUCAACAGCAUUACUGAACUUCUUGGUGUAUUUGCUGUUUACCUUUCAGAAGUCAUUGGUGAAUAUAAGGCUGUAUAAAUGUGUACAGUUUAGUGAUUGGUACUAGAUUAUAGUCCAUGUUCAAGGGUGGCUCAUCGCUCUCACUGUAUCCUGACAACAUACUACUAAUUUUAUACACUUUGUAAUCAGUAUCUUUAGGAAGCGUUUAGGCAACAGUGUGUGUGUGUGUGUGUGCGCACAUGCGCGUGUGCUCCGAGUUUACCAUUAAUGGUUAUAAAGUAAUACUGUACCUUUUAGACUAACACUUUCAGACAAAAUAAUAGGGUUUAUAGUUUUGAUAACUUAACGUAAAGAAUUGCAGUGCUUGUUAAAUGAGGAACGUGGGCCAUUGCAUGAACAGAUACAUCCUCACAAGGCACCUGGAAAUACUCUGGUUUUAAUGAGGGCAUUUAAAAGAAGGCCAUAGGAAAACUGAAUAGUAUUUAUUUAUUUUCUAAGGGCAGGUUUGUCUUUCUUGGUUAACUAAGGUUUCUAGCAAUGUUUUAGUGUCUUUUGACCAUUCAGACACAUUCCAUAGGUAGAAGGAAGCAUUAUGUAUAAACCUACAAUAUUUACUCAUAUUUAAUCUUUCAAUUGUAAUCUGAGUGGAGCAUUGAAAAAGCUCACUCUUGUGCCUGGCCUGCCUGAGCUUUCUUCCAGAGGCAGCUCCUCCUUCCCGGGAGGAUGGGAUGGGCUGGAUGUUCCCAAAGGACUAUGGACAGUGAGGACAGGGUCUCCUCACCCCUCUCACUGUGGGUGCCAAGCACAGGGAGGGUCACCAGGACCCUCUGGCUUGGCAUGAGCUCACCUUGUUGUUAAGCAAGCAGGAGCCGCCUCCUCCUGCUGUCAGGGGGCACCGGCUGUGAGCACAGUGAAAUGACGUUGGGUGUUGAUGACCAAGACCUACCAUGGGGUCCCAUGGUCUUGCAGGUUUGUAUGACUGUUGUCAGGAUACGUUUUUUCUUAACUGUAAGUAAUUAGCAAUAUUCACAAGCUGUGAGUGUCUCCUACCCAGGAUUUGUUCAGAUGUCUUAAGCACAAUAAGCUGCCUCUUCCCUCCGUACCUGUAAACAUCAGUGGAGCAGCCUCAUAUGGGAUGGCGUUUUGGCAGCCAGCACGGGGGCCCGUGUGUCACCGUGCUGCAUCGCACACCCCAGUUCAGAAACACGCUCGCACAGAAACGUGGUUUCAUUUCUUUGCACAAACAUGGGCAUACGUGUGCUGUAAGGGACGUGCCCUGGGCUCGUGCUCCAUGCUGCCAGGGAGAGGUGUGUAUAUUUCUCUUUAAUAAAAUACUAAACAACUGGA